GCCAUAGUAUCACCAACUUCCCGUGAUAUCCCCGUCCGGAUAUCCGAGCUUCGUCAUCCAGCCGGCCAGCGCACGCUCAAGAGGGCGGUCCCUCGAGGGCUCAAGCGCCCAAGCGGGACGGAAGACUAACCGCAGAAUGGGUCUAUGCCACUGGCUACCCACUCUGCGUCUGCCCACGGAUCCUCUCCGCCCCUUCUGGGUGCGCGGGAGCUAGCGAAUCCCUACACUGCUUGACUGCUCUGCGACUUGCCGCCAACACGGCGCAGCCAAUUGCGCGUCAGAGUUCGACGCCGUCGAACUACUUUGUGUUAGUCCCGCGUCCACGCCCGAGGACGGUGGAAGAUGAGAAGCUCGGUGUUCGGUGGGCGGGCUGGUGGGCUGGUGGGCUCGACCAAUGGGCCGCUGUGCGCCAGUUCGAGCGGCCUCGUCCUAUUAUUGUUCCAAGGCGGGUGUUUCAUGCCGUGCAGGCAGACUUGAGGCCACUGCCGCAGACCUGCAUGCAUGCAGGCCGGUACAUGUACGCCCGUUCCUGAGGAAUCCUGGAGAUUCUUGGGAAUAAUCUUCAGAAGGAUCAGGACACCCACCCACCCCGAUUGCUGUGGUAUCGAUUUCCGCUUCCUCUCAUUUCCAGACCCUCCACCCUUGCCAGCGGUGGACGUGCCGGCUAAUAAGCGUUGAGGCAGAGACGAGUGGCUUGGCCGUCCGGGUACGCCCCAUUUUCAGCUCGGCAUGGGUCUGAAUGAGUAAGAGAUGGAUCCAAGAUUUGAAGAUUCUACUUCCCUUUCCCAGCAAGAAAAACUCCACGUUUUCCCGCAAAUACUUCUGCGUCCGUCCUGCGGUCCCUGCACCUGGGGUGCCUAGGUGGCAACUAGCCCUGCCAUCUCUUAUGCUCGGGAAACAUGCAGAUAGAGAGAGGACACGGGUACGGGUCUCCUUCACUUUGCUAGAAGAGGACAAAGUCACAAGCAACUGUGGACCUGCCAAGGUCCCCGUUGCACAGAUCUCCCUCUUUGCUGGGGUCCCAUGGACCGCAGCGUAAACAGGAACCUGCGCGUGUCAUUAUUCCGAGAUCAAUGAGUUGGGCCAUCCUGGACAGAUCGAUCUGGUCAAUCGGAGCGCGCGAACUAUUUUUGAGCAGCCCUGCCAAUCGAGACCCUGGCAUACCACGCAGUCAGUCCAUAUUGCUUCGAAUAUCUGCUCCGAAUCUAGCAAAAUCUGAGUUUCUGGAAUUUAAAUGUGCUGCUUUCUUUUUUCUUCUCUUUCACCCGCGGCAACGAUCGCGUGCAUCCCGAGGUCGCGGCGGCACCGACCUGUGCGGCAGAGCCGCCGCACAUCACUAACGAUGCUUCUUCUGGCAAGAAAACUGCUCCGCAUGAGGAAAGCCCCACGUGGUCUGUCUGUCUCAUGUCAUUCAAGCGAGAAGCCCUGAAGGACGUCAGCCAGGAGGCCAGGCCGUCAAAGGGGUCGUUGCUCACCCCCAGCCUGUCAACGGCCGCUUGGCCUGGCUCCGGCCCAGGCCCCAAACCUCAACGGCGCCCGGUACGUGGACGGUGAAUGGCCAAUACCCUCGAGAUCAUCAUUGUCCCCGCUGGUCACCUCUCCAGGACACCCCGGCUUGUGUUCCAGACCGGGGUAGAUACGGUCUGUCAACAGGUCACGACAGGUGACUAGACAGCUACAGUGGUCGAUGAUGUUUCACAAACAGGUCGACCUCAAGACUUUGUUGCUUAAGCGAUGGGAGGGCGGCCAGGACAAACAGGAGUAUCUCCAGGCCAGUUGUCCAGGGAGUGUCAACAUGGGGAUAUCACAGCCAAGGUAUUGAACAAAUGUAAAAGCAGGUAGCCCUCGCCCAAAUAUUCCAGUCUAGGACAAUCCUCGACCAGAAAAUUCCCAGACUUGCUGUCCCUUUUACACAUAUUAUCAUGAGUGGUCACGCCGUCACCGGGCCGCAGGGCCCGCCCGUCGAUUUGAACAAGGCCAUCGAGCUAGCUGGCAAGACUCCCAUGAAGCCAGUCACUCUGGGGAACGCGGCCCUGGUCGGAAUCCUGGUCACGCCAGAGCAAGCUGCACAGUUCCACGUGGUGCCACUAUCUCAUCAGUCUGUGAACAUCAACAUACAGCAGAAUAUCACAAUCAACAACUUCAAUGUCCCACCACAAGAGCCUCCUAAGCGCGGAAACCACGAGGGCUCCCAAGGCAGACUUGACCAGAGUCGGCAGCAGGCUCCGCCGCCGAGCCGAAGUCUCGAGGACAGGCCUUUUGACGUGAACACAUUAUCCUCGAAGGUAAAUCCAGCGCCAACAGCUUAUCCGAAGAGUCACGAUGGCGCCGUGGGAAGGCCUGGUAGCUCUGGUAGCUCUCAAUGUGCCCAAGGCCAAACACGUCCAACUCAGGAUGUUCACAAAUCGGAGACUGAUUCAGUUCGUACAACGAGGCCUGCCGAUGGUCUGGCGCCCCCACGGCCUCCUCAGGGCGCAAACAGGAACUCUGCUCCUCCUAACGUUACAGCAGCCCGGGCCCAAGGACAAGCCCAUCAACAAAAGACUCAGCCAGAAAACAACAACUCCAGUUGGACUCGCCUCAAGGCUAUUGGUUCGCGUUUUGCCCGUGAUCAGGGCUCUCGACAAAAGGCAAACCCGCCUGCUCUUGUUGCAAAUUCACCUGCGCCGACCCGUCAUGAUAGCAAUCCCACUGGAAGUAGGGAAAGUUCGACUGUGAAAAGACCACAGAACCACGGCAACUCUCAGCCGCCAAACCACCACGAUCAAGCUCCGAGUAAGCCUCCUAGUACUGUGACGUCUGGAAGACAAGCAGUUGCAGGACCUCCUCAUGUGGGACCCCAACCGAAGGGACAACAUGGAGCUGUUGGUGUGCCACAACGACGUUCAGCCGUGGGUCAAGAGACUACAGCCGCCGCACCAGUCGCAGAGGAAAUUCAAUUAGAUCAAAUACUAGCGGGAUUCGAAAGGCUCAAUUCUUCCCUUGGAAACUUCAAACCUUCAAGGCCUACCAGGGUCAUCCUGAUCGGCAAAUCCGCCACCGAGAUCAUGCAGCUCGAAGAUAGAGAGCAGGCAUAUCACAUCGACGUGAUUCUCGAUCUCCCAGCCGGGGACAAGCUCCGCGAAUGCAUGAGGCAUAGUAACAUCAUCAAGCUCUUCAGGGAAUUCGACCAGCCCCCCGAGCCGCCGAGGGAACCGCACGCCGUGGCGCCGCCCCGGAACUCGUUUUUCGGCCCGACUGAGCAAGCCAGAGCCAAGGCGCUCGGAUGUAUCAUCGACAAAGAGAGCCAUGUGCUAGAUAACAUCGCGAAAUGGGCACACCUGAAGGUCUACCUCAUGUCGAGAUCCCGCGCGCUGAGAUUUGAACUCGGCCGGCUGGCACACCCCGACGUUGACGAGAAGACGAAGCGCGCCAGCGGGAACCUCGUCGUGAGGCUGCUGUGGGGGGAUCCCAGGAACCGCACCCAGGCCGGCAGGGGUCAGACCUACAAGGGAUGGCGCAACAGCCUCGAGAUGGAGGAUGGCUCUCCUGUGCCUGAUGUAGAUGCCUUGAUCAGGAAGGUCGAGAGGCUCUUCAAGGAGCGUUAUGGCGAACAGGACAUUGUGUAACUAAGGCGUCAUCCGUGGGGUCCAAGUCAUAUGCAUGUGGGGAUGGGAAUUGGCGCAAGCAACCAUUCAGGUUUAUUUAGAUUGAUA